ACGCAGUGAGGAGAUUUUGCUGCGGCCAUUUUGUGGUUAAGACGCUGUUCGAAGGGUUUCGUUGUUAUCGGUUUCGUUCGGCACCGUCUGAUAUUUUAAAGAGAAGUCGUUUGUUUGAAAAACGCAUUGCAAGAUAACGUGCAGCAGUGAUUACUGCAGGAGAAAAAGCAGCGAAGAAUUUUUUUUGAAACGUCUACUACAUUCCCUUCAUUCAGACUCCUGCCCCUCCCUCUUCCUUCCCUUCCAUCCCUCUGCCCCAUCACUGGCAGCCAGCAGCAAAGAGCGGACAAAGAUCUAUUUGGCAUCCAAUCCUUCUGGCACAUGGCUUCACUUUCUCCCGUAGGGCAUUACGUGAUGGCAAGCAACAUCACUAACAAAACAGAUCCUCGUUCACUAAACUCACGUGUAUUUAUUGGGAACCUUAACACCCUAGUAGUGAAGAAAGCAGACGUGGAAGCCAUUUUCUCCAAGUAUGGCAAGAUUGUGGGCUGCUCCGUGCACAAGGGUUUUGCUUUUGUUCAGUAUGCUAAUGAACGCAAUGCCCGUACUGCUGUGGCUGGGGAAGAUGGGCGUAUGAUUGCCGGCCAGGUCCUUGAUAUUAAUCUCGCUGCUGAGCCCAAGGUUAACAGAGGGAAAGGAGGUGUCAAACGAUCGGCAGCUGAUAUGUAUGGGUCAUCAUUUGAUCUGGAUUAUGAUUUCCAGCGAGACUAUUAUGACAGCUACUCAGCAACUCGUGUGCCGCCUCCUCCCCCUAUUGCACGGGCUGUAGUGCCGUCUAAACGCCAGAGAGUUUCUGGAAAUACAUCACGCCGCGGUAAAAGUGGCUUCAACUCAAAGAGUGGCCAGAGAGGCGGUUCCUCCAAGUCUAGUCGGCUAAAGGGUGAUGAUCUUCAAACUAUUAAAAAGGAGCUGAGUCAGAUAAAACAGAGAGUAGAUUCUCUCCUGGAAAGUCUAGAGCGGAUCGAGCGUGAACAAUCCAAACAAGAGACAAAAUUAGAUGACGAGCAGAGCAGUAGCUCUCAAAAGAAAGAGGAAACAAGUGCAAAAAGUGUUACAGAGGAAGCAGGUGACUCUGCAGAAGAAGGAGACCUCCUUGAUGAUGAUGAUGAACAGGGGGAAGACACACUGGAAGAAAUUAAAGAUGGUGACAAAGAGACAGAGGAAGGUGAAGAUGAAGGGGACAGUGCAAAUGAAGAUUCUUAAAUGUUACAUGCAUCUUAACCUGCCUAUUCUCUCCGUUCAUAGCUCUACCCCUCCAACCAUCACAGUUGCGAUGUGUUCUCUAAGCUUGUUUAAUAUGCACCCAUUGCUUUCUCUGCAGCCUCUUUCAUUUUGAUACCUCUGCGACUUCUAGAAUAAAAGUGUAUUGUUUUUAA